CAGUUUUCAGCAUCCAUAGAUCCUCAAGGGUUUCCUCAACUAGUUGUUAGGGAGGGACAUGAAAUGCAUUUUAGAGUAGGAUCAUGGAAUGGACUUCGUUUUACAGGGUCUCCUGAGUUGCAAGGAGUUAGCCUCUUUAAGUAUGAAUUUCAGUUAACAAAGAAUGAGGUAUAUUACGAAUGGGAGCUUCAAAAUUCUCAAAGUCCUCUGAUUUCAAGGUUGGUGGUGAACCAAUCAGGCUUUCUUCAGCGCUUUGCCCGAUCAACUCCAUCAUUAAGUUGGACUCUGGUAUAUGCUGCGCCACUUGAUCAAUGUGACCAUUAUGCCGUAUGUGGUGCAUAUGCCAGCUGCAAAAUCUUUAACUCUCUUACAGUAUGUGCUUGCUUGGAUGGAUUUGAACCUAAGUCCCCUAAGGAGUGGAGGGUGUCAAAUUGGUCUAGUGGGUGUGUUCGAAGGUCUAAUUUGGAUUGCAGGAAUGAUGUCUUUCAAAGCUAUAGAGGGUUUAAAUUGCCAGACACAUCAAAUUCUCAGUUUAAUACAAGCAUGAGCCUCACAGAAUGCAGACAGAAGUGUUUGAGGAACUGCUCUUGCACAGCCUACGCAAAUUCAGAUAUCAGGAACGGAGGAAGUGGAUGCCUGCUUUGGUUUGAUGAGCUUGCUGAUUUGAGAGAAUACACUGAAGGCGGGCAAGACCUCUACAUACGACUAGCUAAGCCAAAAACAGGUUAUGGUAAGAAGCAAGUAGCGAUUAUUGUCAGCUCUGUAAUGUUGACUGGAAUGGUUUUCAUUGGAUUAUUAUGUUACGUACGGAUCAAGAAACUAAGGAAGCAAGGAGGGGGAGAAAAUGAGGAGAUGGAGUUACCAAUAUUCGAUUUAGCCACUAUAGUGAAAGCAACAGAUAACUUCUCAAGUGACAACAAGCUAGGACAAGGUGGCUUUGGACCUGUUUACAAGGGAACAUUGGCCGAGGGGCAAGAAAUAGCAGUUAAGAGGCUUUCAAAAAGCUCCGGGCAAGGAAUGGUAGAGUUCAAAAAUGAAGUUAUAUUGAUUGCCAAACUUCAACACCGUAAUCUUGUUAAGCUUCUUGGUUGCUGCAUUCAAGGAGAUGAAAAGAUGUUGAUCUAUGAAUAUAUGCCCAACAAGAGUUUGGACUACUUUAUCUUUGAUCAAACGAAAAAGGUAUUAAUAGAUUGGCAGAGGCGGAUGCACAUCAUUGUUGGAAUUGCUCGAGGACUUCUUUAUCUUCAUCAAGAUUCUAGAUUGAGGAUUAUCCAUAGGGACCUCAAAGCCGGUAAUGUCCUGCUAGACAAAGAUAUGAACCCAAAAAUUUCAGACUUUGGGUUGGCUAGAAUGUUUCGGGGAGAUCAAAUUGAAGCAGACACAAAUAGAGUUGUUGGAACGUAUGGUUAUAUGUCUCCUGAGUAUGCAGUAGAUGGACACUUCUCAAUAAAAUCCGAUGUUUUCAGCUUUGGUGUGAUAGUGCUUGAGAUCAUAAGUGGACAGAAGAACAGAGGAUUUCGCCACCCGGAUCACAACCAUAAUCUUCUUGGACAUACAUGGAGAUUAUGGAUGGAAGAAAGAGCAUUGGAAGUAAGCGACACCAUGUUAGGUGACUCUUACACUGUUUCUGAGGUUCUACGCUGCAUUCAUGUGGCUCUGCUAUGUGUCCAAAAACGACCAGAGGAUAGGCCAGAUAUAUCAUCUGUGGUUCUAAUGUUGGGCAGUGAGAAUCCAUUGCCUCAACCAAAACUUCCUGGUUUUUACACCGAAAGGAAUCUACCAGAAGAAGAGGCUUCAUCAAGCCAGCCUGAAUGUGUUUCAGUAAAUGAAGUAACAAUUUCAAUGUUGCAGGGACGGUAAAGCAUCAUCACUUGAAACAAAAAUAUUAAAAAUAAAGUGAAAGGCUAGAUAUGUAAUGUAAUAGUAAACAUCCUGGAUAUCAUUUUCAUGGCAUUAAUGAGCUAAGAAAAUUGUGUAGCAUGUUAUAUAAUGUCUCCUGCUUCUCUUCAAAUUACAAGGUUGACUAGUUCAGUUAAAUGGUCUGAGGGUACUCAGUUUCCUUUUUCUUCGCAGAAUACAUAGUUUAAAAUUUA